AGGCAUUUCACAACGGAUUCGUCUUUGGGUUUCAGAGUUAUUUAUGCAAAAUAAGACAUGCAGCGACAUCUGAUGCUUUUCUGCAGGAUUUGGAUGUCCUUUCUUAGCUUUUUGUUUUAAGAAGGGGUCGAAGGACAUCCGGCGGCGGUUCUGGUUUCGCUUUUGCAUUUCGUUCAUUGGAGCGGAGCGGACAGAGGACUUCUUCGGUCGCCCCUUCCUCACAAAGCGCACGAAGACGGCAGAAGACCUUUCUGAUCCUUUAUCAUCGCAGAUGGCUGAAGAUAACGGAAAAGGCGAUUAUGAUGUACAGGAUGCAAAGCCGACUAGAACAAAUCGUUUAUCAAUAUUUUCAAAACCAAAAAAGAAUGGAGAGGAUCUGCCAGAGAGCCCUAGGCAUUCCCGGACAGCUGGGGUAACAAUUCAGUAUAGUAUGGACUACAAGAAAACUGGUAAAUGCAUUAUUAUAAACAACAAGAACUUCGCAGAAAACAUAGGCAUGGCUCCACGAAAUGGGACUGAUAAAGAUGCUGGUGAUCUGCAAAAAUGUUUCCGAAAAAUUGGGUUUGAUGUUACUGUCUAUAAUGAUCUCACCUGUGAAGCUAUGGAAAACUUACUGAAAGAAGCUGCCUGUGAAAACCACAGCGAUGCUGCUUGUUUUUCCUGCAUAUUAUUAAGCCAUGGAGAGGAGGGCCGUAUCUAUGGCACAGAUGGAGCGAUGCCAAUCAAGGACCUGACAGCUCUCUUCAGAGGAGACAAGUGCCAAAGCCUCAUUGGAAAGCCUAAAUUGUUUUUCAUUCAGGCAUGUCGAGGUUGUGAAUUUGAUGAUGGGAUUCAGACAGAUUCAGGUCCUUCAAAUGAUACGCUCGAAGCAGAUGCUAAUCCCAGCUACAAGAUUCCAGUGGAAGCAGAUUUUUUGUUUGCAUAUUCCACUGUGCCAGGUUAUUAUUCCUGGAGAAAUCCAGGGAAAGGAUCCUGGUUUGUGCAAUCACUUUGCUCAGUUCUGAGUGAGUAUGGAAAACAACUGGAGAUACUACAGAUUCUCACUAUGGUUAACUUUAAGGUCGCUACACGCUAUGAAUCACAGUCUGAUGACCCACGCUACAGUGAGAAAAAGCAGGUUCCUUGUGUGGUCUCCAUGCUUACUAAGGAACUUUAUUUCUGAACUUUCAUCUGUACGGGCGGAUAUCAACCACUGAUAAUUUUUCCCACAGGAAGAGUCAAAUAUAUGGUGCACUACAUUCUGUAAUACAGUGCUCAACUUUUAAUCAGAAGUUAUGAAAUGAAAUACAACUCUAAAAUCAGAGCUUCAACUAGAAUAUUUCAAUUAUUCUGAAAUAUGCAAUAUCAAGAUUACCUCAGUUGAUUGUUAUAAUCCUUUUCUACAUGCUACACAAGUUUGAAUGUGUUUGGAAAUGCCUCCUGUUCUUUUGCUAUUUCUAUGCACACUGAAAGGAAUACAUUAAUACCUCUUUUGCUUGACUAUGGGGUCUUUUCCCCCUCCUGCUGGAAAUCUCUCAUAGCUUUUCUUUAACUGCUUUUACCUUGUUUUACCUUGUUUCUAGCAAAACAUUAAUACGCCAAAACCAUUAAUGUUUAUCAAAUGUCUAUAAUAGUUUCUUAGUAUCUUCAAGGGAGAAAAGGGAGGUUAUGAAUACAUCAGUAUGACCAAAGUGUCCUGGAUUUUCUUGUUAAGUUUCCCAUGGUUAAAUAUCAGUAUCAUUGAUGUUUACAUAUCAGAGAACAUUACAGUUCUACAUAUCUUGAUUGAUCUGAAUGCAUAUAUGAAGCAACAGAUGGUAACUCUUUUAGCCUUUUGCUGUUGGAAAUCCAUCUCUUUCUACUUCCUUACCUUUGAUAUUGAGGCAAACUAUUCUUAUAAAACCUAGGAAAUACUUGAACUGUUCUUUUUACUCAGUAUGGGGAAAACUGCUUGAGUUGUAUUUUGAGAUUCCUGUAUAGUAAAUAGUCCAUUCACAUAUUAAUAAUUUAGGAAGAUCUGUUUUAUUUUGUCUAGUUCCAUAGUUAAUAAACAGAAAGGACAGUGAUGACUACAGAUUGUCAGUCCAUUCAAAGCGCAAUGAUUCCAGGAAGCAAUAAGUAAAACUGUAGCAAACAAAAUAAUUAAAAGUAGGAUUGUAAUUUCUUGCUGAGGAACCACAGUUCUUUCCUUUAGAUCCUGUAGGAUAAAGGUGACCAACCUGAGGCGUUCUAGCUGUUGGACUACAGUUCCCAUCAUCCCUAGUCACAAUGGCCAUUGCAUUGAAAAUGGGAGUUGUAGUGGGGCUGGAGAGCUUCAGGUUGGCCACCCACUGCCUUAGUUCUUGUCAUGGUACCUAGUCACCAUGAUUAGACACUACAUAUUCAGUUUUGCACAGUUUUUGCACUUCCAUUUAAAGGCAUGAUCUCUUGAACUGCAUCACACAAGCCUAUGCAUUUUACACUGGGUGUUAAAUUUCAUGAUAAUUGUUGGUUCCUUGAUUGAUACCCAGUGUUCUAUAACUGUUGAAUGCUUUUCUUAUAACAAGUCCAAUGCUGUUGCAAGUAUGUGUUUACUUCAUGUGUUUGCCAGAUUCCCAUAGAUUAGGGGUGUGCAUGGAACCAGUAUGGCCAGUUCAGUUCUGUGUCCGCCCAAACUAGGUCAGUUCUGAUUUGGCCACCGAACUGGGCUGAACCGGUUCAGUGGAUAUACUUGUAAAGGGGAAUGCGGCAAGGAUUCCCCUUUACAAGUAAAGGGGCAUAGGCAGCGGCAAGAGGAGACUACCACUUGCCACCACUCGCCCUACCAGCUGGCCCCACCGUUUACCGAGCCAAGCAGCUCGGUAAAGGAGGGGGACUGUACCGGGAGGGUGAGUGGCCACAUGGGCCAAGGGUAAGCAGUUUUCCUCUCUCACCCACCCCACUGUUUGUCCCAUACCAGUUCUCCCGAACCAAGCCCAUUUGGGUCCAUGAUCGAACCUCCGAACCAUUCGUGCACACCACUACCAUAGUGUGUGUGUGUGUGUGUUUUGAAGUAAAUUUGAGACUACACUUCUGUUGUUUUUGGCUUUGUAAAAUGGAAAAAGUAAUUAAAUCUACUUAAAUGUAACUAGUCUAGACUCAAAUGACCCAGUUUUUCACAUCAAUUGGACAUUUUUUUUUUUUUAGUCUUCUGCUAGAAGAGAACUCUAUGGAAUGUCAGUGUCUGAUGGGAUUCAGUGCACAAUGGACCCCAUGAUGGAACAUAGGCCUCCUAGGACUGUACAAAGCACCACUCAUUUGAUUCAGCAGUCAACAUCAGCACUUCUGAGGGACCCAAUUCAGUCUGGGGUGGCGGAGAGUAGCUGGAUUUAAAGCAGUUCCUUCAGUUUGGGGCUGAAUCUUCACCCUGCAUUCACCACUCCCCCAGUUGCUGAACCUCCUACAGGGUUUGAGGCAGACAUCUAUACUUCCCUUGCUUUCCCAGUGGCAAGGGAGCAGCUGCCACCCCUCCCCUCUUGACAUUACUUAUCAGGCAUGGGCAAAAGGAAGGGCAGGUUAUAUUUCAUCCUUGUUCCUGUCAGUGAGGGGUCAGCAUCUUCUGCGGCUUCCAUUUUGAAAUCAUUUCCAGUACGGUUUUUUUAAUUUCCCUGCAAUCCUGGGGAAAGUGCAGGGUCAGAGGAAGAACAAGAAAAGGCCUUCUAGGGGUCAAUAUAAAACUGAAGCAGAAGAUGCUACUCCCUCAAUGCCUGGAACAAAGAUGAAGUACAUCCUGCCCUUCUUUCUGCCUAUACCUGAUAAGUAAUGUUGGGUGGAGGGAUGAAGUGCUUCCAAAGUGGUCCAGUGUGGCUAUAAUUGAUUCAGUUUGGACUGAUCCUGUAGUCUACUAGUUCAGAUUCAAAUCAAGGCUUUGGUGGUCAAUGCAGGCUGAAUCUCUUCCAGCAUGAAUCAGCCACCAAAAAGUGUCACAUAGCCCUAACAUCUAUAAUGUUUUUAGCAAAAUGCAAAAACAGAAUGGCGAUAUCCCAUAUCACAACAACCGCGGAAUUCACCAUGCAGUGUGAAAAGCUGAUUGUCCCAAUCUACCCGAUGAGAACAUAUACUUCUCUUGUAGCAAGGCAGAGCAUAAAUCUUAAAUUUCAGCAUCAGAAGAUCCAUGGGAGUUCUGCCUUGCAAAUGGGUAGUAUUCUCAGUUAUUGGUGAAAAUACUUUUGGCACAAAGAAUUUUUGAAUUCAUUGGACUUCUGCAUGUCUGCACAAUUAUAUGCAGAAUUGGUAAGAGAUCUAUUACAGCAUUUUCAAAACAUCUGCUGUUACCAUUGUCCUUAUUAUUAGAGUUCCUUAUUUAUGUCCUUAUGAACAGAGAACUUGAACAAGUAUCUUGAACUACUGAGGUAAAUAAUUUUUUUGAAUGGUAGUGCGUAAAACCACCUUUGUUUUUCAGGGAAGAAUACCAAAGCUUUUAAACAAUUGAUGCAAACAUAACCAAUCUGUAUAUUUUAAAUAUAUUUUUCUAUGAUUAUUGUAAGGCAGCAAGGAUUAUCUAUUUUUCCUCCAAAAACAUGUUAGUAAAUUCAUAGAGAAAUAGAUAAUGAAACAAAUAAAGAUAAUUUUCUAA